CAAGUCUGCGCACGUCAAAAUUAAACAACUCCUUUAAAGUGGUUUGUGUGUAAUCGUCCGGGCGAAGAAAAUUUAGGCAUAAAUCGGUACCAAAAUGAAAAGCGCCAAGGAGUUUGCCUUGAAGAAUGGUCUCUAGAGCCCCUCCAGAUAACACAGAACCAGGAACAACUUGCUGAGAGGAUGCUGCACUCGUCAAAUACCAAAGUGAGAUGAGGAUGGGUGGUGCAGGUGUUGGCAAAAAUGUUAGAGAGCUAGCUCAACUAGUUUUGGUUUGUGAGGAAGUGUAGCCGUAGACCUGUUCCACAGAAUUGGAAGGAUUUUCUUUUUGUUUUUUGAGAUUUGUGGAUUUUUCUUCCACAGUAAAUAUAGUAAAUUUAAAUAAUUUAAUGAUGGACUGCGGUGAGAAGGUGCUGUGUGGGUCUGGAGAGGUGGAUCUGGACCCAAACAUUGUUAGUGAGGAGGCAGGAAAAUUGUAUUCAGAGCUGCAGACUGUUAUUGAGACCCACGGUGAAGGUGUGGUGGAGUCCCUGGUGCCCAUAUUUGUGUGGGUCCUGGAGGGACUGGCCUCCUGCAAAGCCCAGCUGAGAGAAAAAGAAGAUGAGGCGGAAAGGGAGAAAGCUGAGCGAGAGGAGCUGCUGGAGAGAUACCAGGCAGAGAAGACGCUCAGAAAAGAGAGUCAAGAGAAAUAUCUGGAGCUGGAUGACCAAAUCGAGCAGGAACGAAGAGCCAUGAGGGGGAGGGAAAAGGAGCGAGAGCGGCGAGAGAAACAGUUGGAGAAGAAAGCCAGAGAACAAGCUGACCAGUUGGUGGCUGUGGAGGAGCAAAAGGCAAAUCUGAACAGAGAGCUGAGUACACUGAAACUUACUCACAGCAAGCUGAAUCACUCGUAUCGGGAACUUCUGGAAAAGAGGAAGGAUUCUGAAAGGGAUUCUCCUCUGAGGAAUCAUGUUCAUCCCAAGAAUUCAGAUCUUCCAUCCCACCAGCUGCUGUCAGAUUCCACUUUCAGCAAAAAGCUGUGCUCUUCUUUACAGAUUAUUCAAAGACCACAUUCAAACUCAGGACCCCCACAUCUGGAUGAUCUUGUAGCUGAGGAGGAAAAAGUGAACCAUGUUGAUCCAGAGACGUCUUCAGAUCAGUUUGUCACAGACAUCAUAAGCUCCACACCUGAGCUGACACAGUUUCAUGUCUGUGUGAAAGCAAGCACUCCAGUGAAAUCUAAACCUGACGUGCCGCUACAAGAGGAGCUGGAGAACAAAUUAGAGGACGAGCUGAAAGUGGAAGAGGAGAAAGAUGGAGAGGAGGAGAAAAAGAAGCAGGAGGAGGAGGAGGAAGACGACGGCAUGGAGUGGGAUCUACGCAACACAGACUCUGUUUUCUCUGAACUGUCAGAGUUGAGUCGGGAUUAUUUGGAGAGUGUGGACCAAGGGGCGAGUGUGAGAGGUGGUUCAGACCAGUUUGAGGAGAUUCUUGCUCAGUAUGAGGAUCUAAAAAUCAUUCAUGAGAUGGUCGAAGCUGCGCGUAAGGCUCUGAUUUCCCGGGUGGUUGAGCUGAGCGACGAUUGCUCUGCUCUCAUGCUAGAAGUGUCGACACUUCAGGAGGCCGUGGCACGACUGGAGGGCCGGGUGAAGGAGAGGGACGAGGAGGUUAAGAGACUGCGUAAAGAAGUGGAAUCGUGUCAGGUUGAAGGUCCAGAUGCCGAUUUGCCCACAUCCACACGUCACUUCUCUCGUUCUGAAAUGGCUCGUGUGGUCAUGGAGAAGAACCAGUACAAACAGCGUCUGUUUGAGCUGCAGGAGGCUGUCAGACACAGUCAGACACUGAGAGCAACCAAGGAGGAGAAGUUUACAGAGGAAAGAAGGUCAAGUGUUUGGAGAAAAUUCAACCGCUUGUUCGGCUUGUCCAAGGAGCCUCUAGGUCCUCCUCCGUCUUCGUUGGUCCGGCAGACUUCCCCCUCAUUCAUCCGCUCUCCUCUGGAGUCUCCACAUCUACCAUCUGUCAGAACCCAGACUGAAUCUGCUUCAACUGUUACUUCACCGCGGUUCAGGAGGAGGGAACUCUACAGAGAAAUACGCUCUCAGGUUUGGAGGAGUCUGGGAAAGCGACACAUCCAUGGCUGGAGCAUGCCACUGGCAAACACUCAGGAGUCUGGUGAACCUGUACCAGAACCUAAAGAUGUGCCUGUUCUAGUGCAGCUCAGACUGUUGGAUCAAAGAGACUCCACUGCCAAGAUCAACUGUGCUGCUGCAGUUACACCUGAGAUUUCAGGAGACGUCACAUGUUCGUUGUGGGUGCUGUCUGGUCCCGCCUCCUGCAGUGACAUCACGGUGAUUGACCCGGCACGGCCCAACACGGUGCUGGAUCAGUUCAGCCUCCCACCCACAGCCCCAGCUCUCUGCAUCUGUGCUGUGCCUCCUAUAGAUAAAUCUGCUGGCACUGUGUGGAUUGGAACUCAGGAAGGAAGUAUUCUUAUCCACCCGGCCUCUGGAAACAGACGGUGUUGUCUGCUGUCAGUGUGUCUGUCUGAGGGCGUUCAUUCACUCACAUAUUCCAACAGUCAGGUUGUUGCAGGUUUAGCUGAUGGCACUUUGGCAUUUUUCUCACACACUGCAGAUGGUUGGAACCCGCAGGCCCACUCUGUGAUGCCUCUAGGGACAAACCCUCUGCAGCCCAUUCGCUGCUGCCUUGCAAAAGGUGGGCGCCUGUGGGUGGGCUACUGGAACAAAGUUCAUGUGGUCGAUGCUGAUAGCAAGAAGGUGGAGCAAAUCUUCUCGGUGUCGGAUCGCAGUGAGCAGCAGGUUCGCUUCCUGUGUGCGGGGGGAAGUGGUGUUUGGACGUCCUGCCGUCUCGACCCGAUCAUCAGGCUGUUUGACUGGUCCACCGGACGGCCACUUCAAGAAGUUGAUUUGACAUGUUUGGUCACAAAAACAUUAGGCCAGCCCUUCCUGACACUCUCGUCUCUCCAGAUCUCCUCUCUGACAAUCAUCUCUGGUCGUCUGUGGGUGGGAACAGGAGGGGGAGCUAUUUUCUCCAUCCCCCUGUCCAUAACCUCUGAGGAUGUCUCCAUCCCAUACUGCUCGACUGCAUCAGCCCAGCUGUCGUACCACGGACACAGACAAGCAGUCCGCUUCAUCAUCGCUGCACCUGGAUGUUUGAUCACGUCUCCUGGCAUCAGCCAAGUCACCACAGCUCAGCUCAUCCUCAGCGGAGGAGAGGGAUACAUCAAUUUCCGAAUCGGAGAUGAUGGAAGUGAUGAAUCGAUCGAGGUGACGCAGGCUUCACCACAGCGGUCUGAACGUGGUCACAUGAUCAUCUGGCAGACUCCCACUCCUUCUGUGCCCAGUCCUUCCCUCUGACAGGGUUCAGUUUUUGUCAUGAGAUGAAGUGGGCAUUUCUACAGCAACACAACGGGGCACGAUGUGGACAGAUUGGAACUAACAACCUCUCACUGUGGCAGCAAUAAAAGUAUCGAUUUUCACUUUUGCUGUUACAAACUUGUUUACCUCAGUUUUUGGAUUUUGAUGAAUACUUAUGCCUUUAUUUGAUUUUGAUAUCGGCGGUCAGAUUUUUAAGCUGCUUUAUGAACUUUUGCACUAAUGAUGAAAUUCAGUUUUACUGAAAUACAUCUCAUUUAAUGGAUUUGUGUCUGUAUCUUGUUCAGCACACAGAGAAUAAUCUUGAAUCAUGAAGUUAAACUUCUCUGGAAGCUGCAAAGACAAUCAAAUACUUUAUCUUUUGAUGCUGUAUUUAAACUGGAGAAAUGUUCUUUUGUGUUGAGGAUGCCCGGACAUUCAGCCAAAAGUAUUAACUCAAACUGCUCUUUGUUCCAGGUGAAGUAUAUCUGCACAUUCAAAAUGUGUUUAUAUGAAAAGUUUCAUCUCUCCUUAAAAGUUUAUUUUCUGAACUUUUUCUUGACUUUUGUUUUUUUUUUUUGUGAAAAGGCUUAAGAGAUUUAAGUUGCUUUGUGUUUAAAUUUGUUUCGUAAAAUGUGGGACAGAAGUUCUUCCAAGUGUCUGAUGCAGUAUUUGUGUGAAGUUAAACAUUCUGAUGUCACAGAAGCGCCUUAUUUUUCAGAAAAGACUUGAGCACCAAAUAAAUCGUCUGCAACUAUGA